ACCAUAAAUACAGGAGCCCCCUGGCUGUUUCACAUAUCACCCUGGGGAGACUUGCAUUUCAUACAAUGCAGUGAGAAUCUUGCUGUGUGUUUUUCUGGGAUCACUGCACAACCUUACUCCUCCUGCAUGCCAGCUGGGAUCACCUGUAGCCCUUUUCUGCAAGAAUUCAGAGACAGAAACUGCAAACACAGCUUCCCAAAUCAGCUCAAGAUGCAAAAGUGUACAAGUCUACUCCUGGUGUCUUUAAUACUGUGUGCCACAAUCUCACAAACAUUUGGAUUAGUUUUAUCAGGUAAAGAGAAGCGUGGCUGGACAUUGAACAGUGCAGGAUAUCUUUUAGGACCGCAUGCAAUAGAUAAUCAUAGAUCAUUUAAUGACAAACAUGGAUAUGCUGGAAAACGUGAGCUACAGCCAGAAGAGGAUAUAAAGUCAGGAAAUUUUUAUAGAACCUUGUCCGACGAUAAUGUUCUGCGCACACUGGUUGAAUUUUUAACAUAUUUACAUCUUAAAGAGUCCGGAGCACUGGAUAACUUGUCCUCGCCAAUGUCCUCAGAAGAAACAAACCAGUCAUGAAAAAUAAAUCCUUUGUAUUUGACUGUAUAAUGCCAAAUCCAAUAAAUGUUUUCACUUAAUGUUCAUACAAUUUCAAUUAUAAAUAUAUUCCAAUAAUUCUACAGUGUAUUUUUGCUUAAGUAAAAUUAAGCUACAAUAAAAAAAUAGC